GUUUAUUCGUUUCAUUUUGAUCUCAGCUUCAAGAAUCAAGACUAAACCACAUCUACAGAGUCAGAAGAAGGAGAAGAAGAGAGUGAAAAAAGGAAAUUAGGGUUUGAGUGGUCAUGUCUGCUCCGUUUUAUUCUCCGAUAGAUAUGCAAGAGAUCGUUCAAAAUCCUCCUGGGUUUGAUACGGAACCAGUCCCAAUCACUACUUACCGAGACAAUGAACCUGUCCCGCUUUCAACUUACCGAGAAAAUGAUUCGGAUCAUCUUGACCGCACUCAGCAAGAGAACGAUGACUUCUGGGAAAACGGUUUCAGUAGGGAGGAGGCCAUUGAAGAUCCAGAGCCCUCUCAGGUAAAGGAAAAUGGACAGAGAAGUGUAGACAACAGCUCUUUCACUCACGGGGAAACCGAUCUCAAUCAACUUCCUGCGAUUCCGCCGGUUACAACUGGUCAAGGUCUGCCAUAUGCGCCUGUUGAUUGGCCAAGCCCUGGUGAUGUUUGGACUUGGAGAGUUGGGAGGAGAGUGACUGCUAUUGGGUAUCAUCAGGAUAGGUUUCUUAUUCUCCCUCAAAGGCUUCAGCAAAAGAAUGUCCCUAAGUCUUUCGCUAGCAAAGCCACUCUUGCUCGUUAUCUCCAAUCGAAUUUCCCAGGCAUGGAUGCUGAUGCAUUCUUUGCAUCUUUUAGCUGGAAGAUUCCAGCUCUCUUCCAGCCUGCAAAUAAAGUUGAUGCUGCGUCUCUUUUUGAGGAGACACCGAAGGAAGUACUGACCGAGGUUGGCCAGAAUGAUGAGAAUGCUCAGGAUGGGAAAAAAGAUGGAAAUUCCCGAUACAGCCAAAGGAAGAGGAAACCAAUGCCAACACAAACAUAUGAACCUGUUGAAGAGAAACCUAAACCAACUCCCCAAGGUAGCAGCAACAAGAGGAAGAAAGGAGCCACAACUCCUGCCACUGGACCGCAAUCCUCGACCAAACCGAAAUCAUCUCGGCAAUCUGCAAGACGCGCCUCAAACCAGCAGCGCGGUGGUGCUGUGGACUUGAACUUCCUCAAUGAGGAGGAGGGUGAACCUGCUACUGCACCAAAGACUGGUAACAAGAGAAAGAAACGUGGAGCUACCUAUGAGGAAGAAGAUGUUUCUAUUCCUCAUAUCUAUGUCUCUCCUAUGAAUGGUGUCCUUGCGGUCUCACACUCGCCUAUCGAUGUUAACCCGGAAGAGUUUGACAGCUACCUGAACUCUCUUGAUAACCUUAUGCAGCAGCCUCCAGAAGAGGAUGGGCGAGACUCGUCUGUUCUUGUUAGUGUAAGCUCUCCAAUGAGAGAAUACGAAUGGGCUGAAGCUCGAAUGAAGAUUUCAUCUCUUCUGGAGAAGGAUUUCACUACUUUGUUCCUCUCCAAGGACGCAGCAGAGAUAGCAGCAUUAGCAACGAAACUGAGGAAAGAUCCAAACCUUACUGCUGAAGAGAUAGUGAGGUUGAAGCUGAUGGAAGAGAUUCCAACGUUCAGCGAAGUGUUCCAAGAGAACAAAGGGGUGAUUGAAGAAGCAGAUAGGUUCUUCUCUGCGCUGGAGCUCAACAAAGCCAAGGUAGCAUCGCUUAAAUACGAAUACAGCGACCUGAAGGAAAAACUAGGGAGUAUCCAAAUGGAAGUAGACUCAAACUCUGAGACAGUCCGUCAAAUCGAUGACCAAAUUGCUCAGCUUCAAGCCAGACGGGCUGAGUUGAAGCGGUACAUCGGGACCAAGGAGAAAGAGAGGGUUGAUUUAAGCUACGGUCAGAAAAUGGUAGCGAACUCGAUCCCGAAAGUCGUACAGGAAGUUCAAUCAGCUAAUUCAAAGAAGCCUGAAUGGGAAUGCAAGAAGGACAAUGCACUCAAACGUGAAGCAGAGAUCCUCUCUAAAUUCACUCCUCUCAAAGGCUUCUUCCUCUAAAUCUGGCCUCCUCAUGUAUCCUUCAUAACCUUUAGCCAGUCUUGUUGUGUCAUGUAGCUUUUUGGUUUAUGUUAAGAGUCUUGAAACCUAUUUUAGACUUGGCCCUUUUGUCUAUUUCAUGUAAUGUACUAUGGAAAGUCAAAACUAUCCGUUAGUUGAUGAAAAAAUUAGACCUUUUUGUGUUUCAUUAUCUUGUUUAAUACAUCUUCAAAUAACCC